AUGUGCCCUAAGACUUCACCGCUCCUGCACCAUCUGCUCCUGAUGCUGUGUUACCUAUCAGUGUCUCUUCACCUGACACUGGUAUCAGUAGAGUCAAAGGCAUUGGGUAUGAGGUUGUACCCAUUGGAAACCGGGAAGCUACAACAUCUGCGAACAGGAAGGGUGGAGAGAGACCACUAUGGAGUCUCUGAAAGAAGAGAGGUACAGCAAAUGUUGGUACAGCUGUGCACACUGAGAGAGAAGGAGCAAAGUAUGAGAGGAGUACUCCAGCUGUAGACCAACUUGGUGCAACUGAGGAACCAGGUGGCAGAACUACUGCCCCCAGAACCUCCAGAAGGGCCAACUGAGGCAGAACAGUGGCAGCAGGAAGAGGCCCAGCAACUAAGGAAGAUGCUGGAGAGUCUGGCAGGACAGCUGCAUGCCUAGGUUCAGGAGAAUGAGGGGCUGAGCCACCUGAACCAGGAAAAGGAGGAGUGGCUGCUGUGCUGGAGCAAGUAUGAAUGUACCACAAUCAGCAAUGAGAUCUUGCGGACCACGGAGAAAGACUGCGCUAGUAUCAGCCAUGAGAUCUUGCCAAACCCUGAGCUCAAGGAACAGCUGGCCAAGCUGCAGCAUGGCUUCAUCAGGCUGACCAGUGACAGCAGGAAACUGACUAUCACACUGCAGUCAGAGCAGCAUGUCAAGAAGCAGUUGGCCAAGAACCAGGACCGACUACAGGAAAACCUGGAUGAGUUGAAGGGGAUGGUGGAGCUGAAGAGCCAAGGGUCUCCAGGACGCAGGAGCAGUGAGAGCAGUGCCUGUCCCACCACCAACAAGCAUGUGGUGGCAUUUUCGAAUGCAUCUGUAAACAGUGCUGAAGAAAAGGAGGCACAGUGGCACAGUCAGUCAAGAAGGCAGAAGGCAACCUGCUGGUGCAUGGCUCACCUGCCAGCCCUGUCCCAGAGAAAACCUGGACCAGCUCAAGGCUUUGGAGCUGAAGAGCCAAGAAGCUCCAGGUCUGCAAAGCAAAGCCUGUCCCACCAGCAGCAGGCUGUGGUGGCCUAUCAACACCACACAGCUCCCUACCAGAUGCCGACCUGCAAUGAGGAGGCAGCCAAAGUCCAACAGCUUCUGAGGCAGACCCAGAUCCUGCACCAGCUGCCACACGAGAAGGUGCAGGGCAACAUGGCAGCUGAGAUGGUCUGCCAGGAGGUGCAGGAGACCCAGAAGCACCUGGUAGCCACCAGCCAGCAGAACCAACACCUGCAGGCCCAGCUUAGCCUCCUGGCUCUAUCUGGGGAAGAAGAUGGAGUAGACAAAGUAAAGGAUAAGGAGGCUCCUUGGCACAGUAGGUCCAUGGCAGCGGUCAUAAAGAGCCGAGAAGCCAUGGUGGCUGGGGAAGAGCAGCAAUGGUGGCAUACCAAGGAAGCUGAAGGAAACCUGCUGGUGCAUGGCUCACCUGCCAACCAUGCCCCACACUGAGCCAGAGAAGGCCCCGGUGUCCAAGAGUGGAACAAACGGUGUGUCAGGGGAGAGCUGCUUAUUGGAGGUCAUGGCAGGACAUGAAGCAUAAAGAAGGACUACAAUUCCUCUAUACACGGCUCUCCAGUAAGAUGCGUGCCAUUGGAGAGUUCACUGCUCUGUACGAAACCCAGAGUAAAAAGGGGAGACCAUUAGCCGACUGGCCCAAGAGAAA